AUGUCUUCCGUCAAAGUAGCAGUUCGUGUCCGUCCUUUUAACAAACGCGAGAUAGCCGCCUCAAGCCGGUGCAUCAUCUCAAUGGAUGACCAGAAAACAACUAUCCAAAGGCCAAACAGCAAAGAGGCCCCGAAAACUUUUGAGUUCGAUCACAGCUACUGGUCACAUACCAGCGAGAAAGACCCCUUGUUCGCCAGUCAACACCGUAUUUACAAUGAAUUGGGUCUGCACACCUUGAAUCAUGCCCUACAAGGCUACAAUGUUUGCAUUUUUGCAUAUGGCCAAACUGGGUCCGGUAAAUCCUACACCAUGAUGGGUGGGAAGCCCGGAGUGGAACACGAAGAGGGACUGAUCCCUAAACUCUGCCGCGACCUUUUCAAGCGACUACAAGAUUUCACUGCUGACCACUGCGCUCAGGACGGUACCUACUGUGUCCAGAGCAUGGUCGAAGUUUCCUACAUCGAGAUCUACUGCGAACGCGUGCGUGACCUAUUAAACCCAAAGAGCAAGGGUAACCUGCGUGUCAGGGAGCAUCCAAUCCUUGGGCCCUAUGUGGAAGACCUGUCAAAAUGCGUGGUUCGCUCCUUUGCUGAGAUUGAUGAGCUCCUCAGCGUUGGAAACAAAGCAAGAACCGUCGCUGCUACCAAUAUGAAUAAGACCAGUAGCCGAUCCCACGCCAUCUUCACUAUGAUCGUCACGCAGCGAAUGGUGGACGCGAGAACGGAUGUGAUCACUGAGAAGGUGAGUAAAAUCAGUCUGGUCGAUUUGGCCGGCUCGGAAAGGGCGGAUGCGACAGGAGCGACGGACGUCCGUUUGAAAGAGGGGGCAAAUAUCAACAAAUCGCUCACCACUUUGGGCAAAGUGAUUGCCAGUCUGGCCGAAACGAGCUCAAAGAAGCGAAAAAAGGGAGAGUUUAUCCCCUAUCGAGAUUCAGUGCUGACAUGGUUACUUCGAGAGAAUCUAGGCGGAAACUCAUGCACAACCAUGAUAGCCACGUUGUCACCAGCGGAUAUAAAUUACGAAGAAACCUUAUCCACUUUGCGGUACGCAGAUCGUGCGAAACGUAUCGUGUGCCAAGCAGUAAUAAAUGAAGAUCCGAAUACUAAAUUGAUUCGGGAACUGAAAGCCGAAGUCGCACGUCUUCGAGAAGUUUUGGAGUUACAAAGUCGCGCAAUUCCAGCCUCAUCCACUUCGGGUCACGCGCAAAGCACAUCGGCAACUCUCCAUUAUCCGGCGGAUUACGAAGCAACAUUGGAAGCACUGCGUGCGUCCGAAAAGCUUAUCGCCGAAUUAAAUGAAACAAUGGAGGAAAAAUUGCAGAAAGCGGAUCAACUACGAGAACAACGAGAACGCGAGUUGCGCGAAAUGGGUAUCGCCUUAAACAACGAAGCUGGAGUGACUGGGAUUUUCACACCUCGCAAUACGCCACAUCUGGUGAAUUUGAAUGAAGAUCCCUCAAUGUCUGAGUGUCUGAUUUAUUAUCUGAAGGAAGGUGCAACUAGAGUGGGAAUGCUAAACACAGAUUCUACGGUGGAAAUCGGUCUGAGUGGAGAGUUCAUCCUGAAGGAACAUUGUGUGUUUUACAACUCACAAGGAGUUGUUCAGUUUAAACCCUGCGAAAACGCCGAAUGCUAUAUAAACGGAUCUUUGGUAACCAAACAAUUGGAACUUUCCUCUGGUGCACGGGUGAUUCUGGGAAAAAGUCAUGUGUUUCGGUUUAACAAUCCAGCCAGAGCCAGUAUGACUGAAUCGAUAGACUGGACUUAUGCAAUAUGUGAACUGUUGGAUAAACAAGGUGUGGACCUACGCAAAGAGAUGGAGGAUCGCUUGUUGGCGAUGGAAGAACAGUUUCGGCGCGAACGAGAGGAGUCAGAUCGUCUGUUUCAAGAACAACGGAGAGAGUACGAAGAUCGAAUACAGUUGUUGCAAGAACAAGUGGAGCGCCAUUCAAUGGUCAGUUCUGGCACGCAAGAGGACUCAGCAAUGGAAUACGAAACAAACAGUGAAUGUCACUGGGUAGAAAGGGAGCAUCAAUUGGCCAGUUGGGCAUUCGAAAAGUGGCGCACGCAUCAGUUUACUUCUCUGCGGGACUUGUUGUGGGAAAAUGCAAUAUACGUGAAAGAGGCCAAUGCAUUGAGCGUGGAGCUAAACAAAAACGUUAGAUUCCAGUUCACACUUGUAAGGCAUACUCCAUACACACAAAUACCAUUGGAGUUCGAGCAAGCAUCUUCACAACCUAGCCCAAACGGAGUGGCUCGAGAAGUCAUGACUCCCAAGCAAAUGCGAGCGCACAUUUCGAUCGGAAAAGCGCAACCCUUUGAGCAGCUGGAGUUGUUCUCUUCCGCCGGAGAGUAUGCGAACUCGCUGAACAGGAACCGUACAUUUGUAGCAGUCGAGGCGAGGGAAUUUUCCACAGGCACCGCACACAUAUGGAGUUUGGACAAAUUUAAGAGUAGACUUUUGUUCAUGCGUCAGUACUACGACAUCCAAACAGAUUUCGUUAAUGCUUUGAUGGAAAAGGAAGUGGAGCACAAUGACACUUCACCAGGUGACAGAAUGCCGCCAGUGGAAGUAUCAGAAAGGAAAGACGGAUUUGGGAACCAAUCAUCGGCAAACAGUGCAGGAGGGAAAUGUUCCAUGGUAGAUCCGUUCCAAAUCAGGGAACCAUGGAUCCGUUUGAUGGGACGUUCCUUUGUAUACCUGAGCCAUCUGCUAUUUGACGUCGCGCUAACGCAGCGCGUCCCAGUUGUCGAUGAACGUGGCCGUUUGUGCGGGUUCUUAACGAUUGCAGUCGAACCGAUCCACAAGGACGCAGGGAAGGUAACGCAAUCGGGAUCGCGCUCAAAGGCAGACACAACCACGCAAAUAUCUUUCAGUAAUAAAGCUUACGCGGAGUGGGUACAUCUAUCCGGUGAUCGGAUCUGCUUCGAAGAAUGUUGCCUUGAGUGUGAUCAGGUGAAUGCGUGGUCUAGUGAAGUGGAGACGCCGCGCCCCCGUAUCAAAUAUAAUGAUGGUCACCAAUGGCGUCCCAUGUAUCCCGACUCAGCCAAGGAUCAGGACAGUUUCUUCUCUCAGAGUACAUUGACUGCAAAUGAAUACACACAUGAGUUGAGUAUUAGAAAAGCGGCCCCUCAACUCGACGUGGAUGCCGCACUCAUCCCGCUGAAGAUCGGCUCAACUUUCGCAUUUCGCAUCACUGUGUUUCCAAUGCAGGAAUUAGCAAACAUCACGAACGCUUUUUGUCAAUAUUACUUUCAGAACAAACCCAACGAAAUCUUUUGCACCGAGUCCGUAACAAACGAAACACAUUCUAAUGACACAGAAGCAUAUCACUCGCAAACGAUCACCACAAAUGUGACGUUCGGCUUCCUCCAUUAUCUUCACCGUCAUCCAAUUUGCUUUGAAAUCUAUGGACAUGUAAACGAGGCAUCGGAACCGACGUAUGAGCAGUCUUCCUGCAGCGUGAACCUCAGACGAUAUCGAAACUUGUUACCUUGUGCGUUUCCGACAUCCGAUCCAGUGCCUGCUACACGGCUGAGCUUCUCUGAGCCACAUGUUGGUUCGGCGGUUCUGCGGCGCGAAGACAUACUUGUCUGGUUUGAAAUCUUGGAACUGGAUUCCAACGGAGAGUACCUUCCUGUGCCGGUGGACCGUUUGGAUGAGGUUCCCUGUCAAGGAGUCUUCUUAAUUCACCAAGGUUUGCAGCGACGUCUGGCAGUCACGCUUGUUUACGAUCCUAUGUGUCUGGCUUCCGAUUACAAUUCCACUGCGACAGCGCUAUUCAAGGAUGUGUACGAGGUUGUUGUCGGGAGAGUGAGAGACACGGCGGAAUGGACAGAAUCAGACUCACGCACAAGAAUCAUUUCGCUGUCUGUGCUACCGGCAAGAUACACGCCUCACGCAAGUGAUGAACGAACAUUCUUCCGCUUUGAGGCUGCUUGGGACAGCUCGCUACAUGGUUCCUCUCUCUUGAAUUGCAUCACUUCCCCCGGACAACGUGUCUACAUGACACUGUCUUGCUAUUUAGAAGUGAAUGGAUGUGAUAGACCCGUUUGUCUCACCAAAGAUUUGGCCAUGGUUGUGUUUCCAAGAGACUCGAAGCUAACAGUGCCGAGCCCCAGAUUGGCCUAUACACCUACUCAUGCAAUCCUGCGUUCGCUGCACUCCAUUUGGAGCUCGUUCUGUCGCGUGACACACACCUGCCACGUGACUGGUGUAUAUGAUCUUCAGCUACGACAACGGGAGGAAAAAGGCAAACGUCGACAUCGACGGUGCACGAUCGAUACCAGCUGGAUCUACGUGCGAGGAGAGGAGAACAUCAAGGGAUGGCAACCUCGAGGGGACUCCCUGAUUUUGGAGCACCAGUGGGAAUUGGAGCGGCUGAACCGACUUUAUAUGGUUGAGAAGUCUCGACAUUUGCUUGGCCUUCGGAAUCAGUUGGCUUCAUUAGGGAAAGAGGAAUACCAGCGCAUUUUGGACAAAUGGAUUUUGGCGUUUCGUCGUAACAGCCGGAUUGCAACUAAACGAAAAGUGGAUCGUCUGUAUUACGACCGGAUUAACGAUAUGAAAACAAAACUGGGUGAAACAUCUACUGAAAACGGUAAACUGACCAUAAAUUUAACAGUUUCCACCACACAGUUAACAAAUUCUUGUAUUUCUGUUCCUAAAAUUGUCCUAGGCUGUACCAUCUCAGAAUGCACUACCUCAGGGGCAACAACUGAUAAUCCAAGGGUGCAUCCUUCUGCGGAUCAAACGGAUAACGUGGUUCCAUAUAUAAUUGGUGACUGCGACGAAGUUCGUGUGAGUCCGGUGGUCAGCCGCAAAGGCUAUCUGCUUUUACUGGAAGAGAAUUCGGGCGGGUGGAUGCGUUACUGGGUCGUCGUCCGCCGACCGUUUCUGUUUCUCUACUCCAGCAGUCAAAGUCCAGUUGAACGUGGUCUAAUCAAUCUAACCACUGCUCAACUAGAGUAUGACAUCAAUCUUACCUUAGAAUCAGAUGGCGGAAUUGUCACAAACUGUGGGAAAAGAGAUCCACCAAACAAAUCUGACCUUGUCACCUUGCAUAUUUUGGACCCAAUGGAAAACGUACCCUCCAGAAUCAAUAUGUUUACAUUAAUCACACAAUAUCGAACUUACCUGAUACAGACCACCGCAGAAGAUGGUUCGGACGUACAUGACUGGCUUUAUGCACUGAACCCUCUAAUGGCCGGUGAAAUUCGAUCUCGGAUAGGUCGAAGCAAACGAGCCAACAGGAGUAGAGAAGAUUGCACGAAAAUCUAA